GAGCGGCCAGCGGGGCGGCCGCUCCUCGGGCGCGGAGCCGAGGGAGGCAGCGCGACCCUCACCGGUGGCGGCAGCGGCGGCCAUGGCUUUCGGGAAAGCCCCGAAGGACCCUUUCGGCACCGCCGUGGGGCGCCUGGUCGAGCAGGCGACCUUUGGAGCGGUGCAGACGGAGGAGUGGGGCCAGUUCCUGCACAUCUGCGACCUGAUCAACGCGACGGUGGAGGGGCCUAAAGAUGCAGUUAAAGCGUUAAAGAAAAAGCUUUCCAAAAACUGUAACCAUAAGGAGAUCAGACUUACCCUGUCUUUGCUUGACAUGUGUAUAGAGAACUGUGGCCCAAGAUUCCAGUCUUUAGUCGUGAAGAAAGAUUUCUGUAAAGACAAACUAGUGAAACUACUGAAUCCAAGAUACAACUUGCCAAUUGACAUGCAGGAGAAAAUCUUAACUUUUAUCAUGACAUGGGCCCGAGGGUUCCAAGGAACGGUGGAUGUGAGCGAAGUAAAAGAAGUUUACCUAGAAUUGCUGAAGAAAGGAGUGGAGUUUCCAUCUUCUGGCACCAACGCAGGGGUAGCUAAGGCAUCAUCUCAGCAUUCUACAAAGUCAUCACCAUCUUCUGCCUCCCCUGCAAAAUGUUCUUUAUUGCCUCUUCCCACUGGUCCAACAUUUUUGCUGACUCCUGAGCAGAUUGGGAAACUGUACAGUGAACUGGAUAUGGCAAAAAUGAAUGUGAAAGUCAUGUCAUCAAUAUUAAAAGAAAAUGUUCCUGGCUCUGAAAAUCCGGAUGAUAUGAAUCUUUUACAGAAACUGUAUAAGACCUGUCGGAUGAUGCAGGAGAGGAUCAUGGAAUUGUUGGUGACAGUGGAGAAUGAAGAUGUGACAGUUGAAUUAAUACAAGUAAAUGAAGAUCUGAAUAAUGUUCUCCUGGGACAUGAAAGGUUCUCUCGAAAUAGAGUUCGUUUUUUGGAGAAUCAGAGAAUACAACGUGAACGUGAAGAGCUGUACAGGAAACAGCCGUCUGCCCCCUCAAGUGAUCUGCUUGACCUCUCUACAGAUUCUCCAUCUCCUGUGUCAGCAGUGGUGGGACCCAACUCUGAGUUUUCUCAGUUUUCAGGCCUUAAUUGCAUAUCUGCACACCCUGAAGAUCCAAACAGGCAUCAUCCAUCAAUUUAUCCGCAGCUAGAUUUAGCAACUACUACAGAAUCUCAGCAGUUCCUAUUUGCAGCUGAAGCACAAAACAAUAGUGUAAGCAUCCCAGCUGGACAUAUAUAUAGCAAUCUUACAACUCUUUUAAGCCCAGUGCCUCUGAAUGCAGUAAAUCUGCAGACUGGACAUACAACAUCAUUAAAUGGAGUAUCACUAGCAGCUGAAUCAAAAAGCAAAUCACAGGCACCUCAUUACUAUGAGAUAAUGGAAUUUGAUCCCUUGGCUCCCAAAGAAGCUAUUUAUGAAGAAAUUGAUGACACUCUGCUGAAACCAGACGCUAAUAAGGAUGAAGAAUGCUGAGAGCGGACAUGAAUUCUUUUACUGAACACAAUUCUCUGAUGCCAAUACUAUGCACCGUUUCCAUUAACGUAUAAACAACUAAGUCUUAUAUUUUGACACAACAAAAAAUAAGUAUUGGAAUAUUAAGCCAUGUGGAAGAGUUACUUGGUAUCUGCACCUUGAUAAUUUGUCUGAAAUGUUCAAAUGUUUACCCUUUGUCGUGCCUUCUGUGAUUAUUUUUAAAGUAUUGGGGCCUUUAAACUGUGCUUUCUAAAUUCACCUCUAUAUAAAGUGACACUUGACGUCUGACACAAGUAAACCAAAAGGACUAUUACAACUAUAGAAGAAAGCUUUUCCUUCAAGUUAACUACUCCAUUGUACAGUUUCAUCUUUUUAUGCAGCAGCCAAACACCACUUUGUAUUUACAGAAACUCCAUAAUCUAGUCUCUGUUUUGGCCUUAUUGCUGCCUACGUUAAUCUCCAUGGAAAUUAGUAAGGGCUUUUCCACAUAUAGAAGUCUAAUAAAAUUGGGCCUUUUCAUAGUUGGGUGAAGACAUUCAGUGUUAAACUGUUUGCCUUUAUAUUCUGAAAGCAGGUUCUUUUCCUGUGUCCCCAGAAAAUAAUUGGAUUUUUUUUCUUGGUAGGAAUCUGAACUGUCAUCCAUGAUUAACAGAACAGAAAACAAAUCCUGCCUGUUCCUAUGCUGUUGUUACUUCUAAUUUUAUGUACUGAGUAAAUAAUGGAAAGGGAUCAAUCAUUUCUUUUCAAUGUUCCUACCCUGCAGAGACUUUUGUUCUGCUACAAUGCAGAUGAGCAUUAGUUGUUCAGUUAUUUUCAUCAAGUAGUUAAACUCUGUUAACAGUUUUAUCUUUAUAAUAAAAGUGCCUUCUCAUUUUUUUAUGCUGAAUGUAAAAUUUGCACUUGGACAGAUUCAGGAAUUCUGUGAAUUUGUAACUGAUAAAAAAUUUGAAAACUUUGUUCAUGUUCGGAGCUGGUAAGCUGACUCUUUUUAAGUACUGCAUUUUAAGCUUUCCUUAUAAUAACCUUGUGGGUGAUACAGGUUCUCACUCUUGCACAGGUUUUAUAGUACAGAAUUCCAAAUAAAAACAAAUGCUUACUGCAAA